AUGGGACAAUUAUUACGUGUACAACAUAUUUUCUGUUUUUUCUUAUUAUUUCUCAAUUAUUCUGUUGAUUCACAACAAGAAGAAACCGAAUUACCAUUAGCACCCUAUAAUGUGAAGGUGGGACAAAAAUUGGUUUUCAAACAUAUCACAAAGAUUUUCAGUUGAUGUGUCGACAAGGUCGAAGAUUUUCAAAAGAAGCUCAAAAUCCAAGACAAUGUCCGUCUUCUUCAACUUCUUGCGGAUUUUUUGAAUUCUCAAUUCCGGAUGGAAAACACGGAACACCAAAGGUUUGUGGGAUUACUGUAGGAAAAGCUUUUUUUGGAAUUUGUAGAGAAGCAAUUUUUGAAAUGGGUCUAAAAGUUAUGUAGAAUUUUGGGCUUAAUACAGCUAAUGUAAGAAUGGGAUUUGUGGUUACUGUAGAAAAUUAGGAUAUGUUUAAAAAUCACGGUGUGUAAUUUACAACCCCAAAAUUCAAGACCUCCAAUUUAAAAAAAAUUUGUGGUAGAUCAAAAAUAUCAGGUCUCAAAAUAAGAAAAAAAAUUUUUGGAAAUUAAACAUCUCAAAAUGCCUGUUGUUCUAAUUUAUGUGAAUUUUACAGUUAGGAGUCUAUGAUUGUGUUGAUAAUGGAAUUCUACGAGAUAUUCAAGAUGAUGAUUAUGAAGUAGACGAAGAGAAUACACCAGGGCCUGUGAAAAUAAAUACUGUGAGUUUUCAUUUUUUUCUAUUUAUUCAAAAAAUAUUUUUGUUCAAUUUCAGUUCCAAUUUGCUGAAAUGUGUGGAGCAGUUCCAAAAUGCAAUGUUUUCCCGAUCGACAAUCUGAGAAAAGCCUAUGUCAAAUAUUUGGUUCAGGAAUACGAUAUUAAGUUGGAAGGCUUGGAAGUUCCGGAAAUUCGAUUUUGUUGUGCAAUGUUUCAUUCGACAGUUCAAAAAUUGGUCACAUCUCCGACUUAUCAAUUACGUACGUUUUCUUUUUUUUUAAUUUUGAAACGGGAAUUGUUUUAGCUCAAAUUGAUGCUCCUCCAGUAAAUUGUCAAGGAAUAACUUGUGGACCUGGAGCUGUUGGAUGUUUAUUACAUGCAAUUCAUGAUGGAAAUGAUUAUGAAGAGGAAUAUGAAGGAGGUACAUUUCUUUAAUGAGAUGAGCAUUACAAUUUUUCAUCGAUGUUUUUUUCAGAAGAAAAACGACGGCGUGUAAAACGUCAGCGAGGUUUAGAAUUGAAUGAUUAUAUCGAAGAUGAUAGUGAUUAUGUUAGUGCAGUUGAUGUAACAUUUGAUGAUCUUGAUAUUGAAUUGAUAACAAGAGAACCACCGAUUAUUGAGACAACAACAAGUCCAACACUUCCAAGUUUAAAAUUACCAAUGAAUUUGGAAGAUAUAACAACAACAAAACCAAUGACAACAACUACCCCAAUUCCAACAAAAACUAUUCCAAAAAUUGUGAGCAGUAAGAAAUUUGAUUCGUAUGAAGGUGGGUUUCGGGAAUUUUAGAGUUUAUUCAAUGUGAACUUUUAGAUGAAGUCGAACCUCAACAAAGUACUCAUUGUGUUUAUCGUCACUUGAAUAAUGAAUUCUACCGAUAUUGUCUUCUUGUUCAUCAAAGUCGAGAUGGAGAUAGAUGUUAUCAUCAUAAAUCUCAAACAAUUUGCUGUUGUUUUGUUGGACCAGAUAAAGAAACUUGUGAUCCAACUGAAAUGGAUUUGAUUGUUCCACCUCCAGCACUUCAACCAGCAACAACUCGAAUGAUUAUAACUGUUCCGCAGACAUCUACAACAACAACAACGACAACACAGGAACCAGAAACAACAACAUCAACAACCGAAAUACCCAAAACAACAUAUCCAACUUUACCACCACAGAUUUAUAGGCCAAGACCGAUUGAUCAAACUAAAAAGAAAAAACCAAGAAGAAAGUGAGUUGAUUUCUGUUAUUAUGAAUUUUCACAUUAAAAAUUAUUUGGAAUAAAGAGUCCUCUUCUCCAAAUAGUCUUUUCCUUUUUUCAGAUGUCGAGUAACCUAUGUUCGAACAAAAUCAGGUCAACGCACUCGUCCAGUUCUUGUUUGUGAUUCGGUUUCAAAUUUAAGCUCAUAUAUUUAUUCUCCCCUAAUAUUGUUACUACUUUACAGGUUAUUUUGAUUUCUAAUAAACACAUGCUCACCUAAUCAAACAAUACAUACAUAAAAUGCUUUUACGCAACCCUAUAAUUACAGUAUUAGUCACACUAUUUUUUGGCCAUUUGUCUUUUUUGUGGUCCCUUCAUUUUUUGUCGGGAACAUACUCAAUAUUUGCACAAUUCAUUAUGUCAAAGGGUCUGCCGGAUUAUAAAAAUGUUGUGUUCGCCAGAUCCUCUCCUCUCCUUUUUUAUUUCUCACCUGGUUGGUAUGAUUAAUAUGAGCAAGCGGCACACUCAAUAAUUGGAAACACGAGUUCAAGUGCAGCUAUUUUGGAUUAUCCGACAAUUCAAAUUAAUGGAAACACGAUAAAGAUUCUUUAAAAGUUUUGUUUAGGAAUUUUAGAAGUGAAAGUUUUUUUCGAGGGAACCUUGUUCUUGUUGAGUCUUAUUUUUUGAAAAAUGCUUUUAUUAACUUCGAAAAGAUCCAAAGUUUACCAAUUUCCAAUAUUGUUGGUCCAUUCUUCCGUUCGCACCCAAUUAGUUAUUUUUUGCAGCCGCCAAACUUUUGAACAUUUGACACCUCGUGACUUUUCAUUGUCUCACUGCCCCUGGGAUGCCAAUUAAUAUUCCCUUUUUUAUUCUUAAUCCAUAACAACAACUAAUUAUCCAAAUAUUUACGACACUUUAUUUUUUCCUAAAGAAAAUAUUUCCUUCUAUAUAUUUUGCUGCUCCAACUUCCUACUGUAACUCCAUAAAUGGAUCAGUUGAUGACAACUAAUUGGAUAUGAAGAAUAUUUAUUGAGAGAAUAUACGAAAAGCAAAUAAUAAUUGGAUUUUUCUCGCGCAAUAUUAUUGUACGAAAAAAAAAUAAAAAGGAGAAGAAAAUGAAGAAGAUGAAGUUGACUAAACUUAUUACAUUAGAGAAGCUUUUAAGUUAUUACCCCUUGUUUUCUGAAGAUAACUUUUUCUCAAACAUUUCUGAGUAUUUAUUCUCGAAUUUAUUGAAAGUUCGAGAUAUAUAAUUAAUUAGGGAUUUCAUUCGCAUUUUUUUAAAAUUUUCCCGGAAAAUUGCCACCUUUUAUUUUUCAUGCCGCCGCCAAAAUUGCAUACGAUUCGAAUCGUUUAAUUAGAAGCACAUCGUGUUUAUUAUUAUCGAGACAUCUAAUUAGAUGGUUGGUUAUUAAAUAAGAAGAAAAAGAGCAGGAAAAAUAUGGAUAUAUUCGUAUUAUAAUAGGCAACUAAUAGUAGUAGUACAGUAAUCAUAAUAAUUAAAGAAAACAAUGAGAGGCACAAGUGUGAAAUCUAUUGUGUAAUGCGCAAUUUGAGACAAAUACACAGAUGUUUUGAGUAAUUCAACAUGCUUAUUUUAUUUUCUCAUAACAUCAAAAAAAUGUAUCAGACAUAUUUUCUGAAUUUAUUGUUCAGGAGUUGAUAAAAUGCAAAUUCAAACAUUCCUGAUAAAAUUUGUUGAUAAAACAUUUUCUGAAAUUGAAAAUUUUUAGAAAUGCUUUUCCAGCCGACUUAUGAAUUCUUCUGAGUUGUAUUUUCAGGACAAAAAAUCUGGAAAUAAAAAAUGAAAGUAAAUACUUUAGUCAUGAUUAAAAAUAACUUCUGAACGGUUGAGAAAUUUUUCAGUAAAAGCUGUAAAACACAUUUAAUAAAUAAUUUCUUGAAUUUGUCUACGUUCUAAACAACAUCUGUAGAUUUCUGCAAACAAAAUUCGCGUUAAAAUCUUAUUAGAACUUCCGAAUCACAAAUCACAAUCAAUAUACAAAUUUCCAACAUUUUCUUCUCUGGUGGUCAUUUCUAUCUGUCUGAAACUUCACAAACACUUUCCCCUCUAUCUACCGUAUCCCGCUCAUCCUUUUUUGAUCCUAAAACUUUCCUAAUUUGUUCGCCCCGCCCAUUUUCCUAAUUAGCCACGCCUCUUUUAGCUCGUCUAUCUCAUCAUCAACACAUUAUUUGAGUGUGCCAAAAAUGACGACAACAGCAACUGGACGAUUUUCGAUUGAUGAUUUGUUACGUGAACAUUCACGUGAUUUUCGAAAACUCAUCAAAUUGGAUGAUAAUGCAACAUCUUCUUCAGAUGAGGUAAUUUUUUUCAUCUAUUUUUUGAAAUUGGAAAAAAAAAAGUUUUCCAGAACUCGGAAAAAUCAUCUAGUGAUCCAUCUUCUAUAACAAUUUCAAAUGAUAUUUCAAAUCAAUUAAUUAAUGCAAAUCUUGAUCAACAAGUUCCAUUAUGGUUGGCAGCUGCAGCUUUUCCUUUGGAGCAAAGUAUUUUAUUCGCGCAGAGAAAUGGUGGGAUUUGUUUUUUUGGAAGAUUUAUUUAAUAUUUUUCUGAUUUUCAGUAUUUCCUGGAAUUUGGACAGCGGCUGAUCAAAUUCGUUUAGCAAAUGCAACAAAAUCAUAUCGAAGUUCGAGAAGAAAAGCGAGAACUGUUUUUAGUGAUCAACAAUUACAAGGACUUGAGAGAAGAUUUGAAUCACAAAGAUAUUUGAGUACACCAGAAAGAAUUGAACUAGCAAAUGCUUUAAGUUUGAGUGAAACACAGGUUAGUUGAGAACAAUGUUCUUCAAUUAAAAAAAAACGAAUUUUUGAGACCUCACAAAUUUUUUUGAUAUAACUUUAAAAAAAACCAACAAUUUUUCAGGUCAAAACCUGGUUUCAAAACCGUCGAAUGAAGCACAAAAAAGUUGUCCGAAAAGAUGAAAAUAAUUCAAGUUGUGCAGAUAAUGAUAUUGAUAGUGAUUGA